ACAACGUUCCAGAUAAACCAGUCGAAUAAUUUCUGCGUUUGAGAGAAAAAAAAAACCGCAUGGAGGCUUAAAUCAGCAACUUUACCCCUUAUACUUAACAUUCCUACUUUUCCAUGCACUUUUUUUCAUAGAGUAUCAAAUGAAAAACAAUAGGGGAGAAAACACAACAGAUCGCCCCUUUAGAAACAGCUGGAGGAAGGGAGGAACGGACUGACGAGAAACAGUGUAAUGGAAAAGAAGCGGAAGACCCUUGUACAUCAGCUGUAGUAUAAAAGUGUGGGUUACAUGAUCGAAAACAGGAAGCUGGGCACUGUUUGUCAUCUUCUGCAGAUCUGAGAUGUAUAGCACUGAUUCAACCACCAUGGCCUCUGAGCAAGGAGAGCAGAUGGAAUCUCCAGGGACCUGUGAGAAUGGAAUCUCUUUGAAUCACUUCAUGCAUUAUUCUCUUAUACCAGCUGCGCUGAUUGUUGGAGUGCUUUCAUUCCUCCAGAGAAGACACCAGAAACUGGCCAUCGACCACAGACUGCCGUUUCUAAGAGGGCGUUUUGCAGUUGUGGUGCCUUUGGAUACUAUGGGCUUCAGUGAUCGUCUGGCCUUUGGCUUUGCUUACGGUGCUGUGUCUUAUAAAAUCCUGCUGCUCAUCAUUGAAGAAAGACUGCCCAUCAGUGUCCCCAACUGGGCUAAAGCUCUCGCAUACCUGAUCGGAGCCUUAGAGGUGGGUUUGGCAUAUUUCCCUUUCUUUGCAUGCCUGUCUACACCUGCCAAGAUCCCCGGUGCUGUGAUGGGAAUAAUCUACUCAAUAUGCUGGAUCGUCGUCAUUAUCUGGGAUAUAUUCACCUGUGAAGAGCAUGAGGUGGCUGGAUGGUUUAUACAGGUGUGGGGUGAACACCAAAAGCUGAUUUACGAGUGGCCAUGGGUCCUCUCCCACAUUGUCCUCUUAGUGCAAUUCAUCUACAUGCUGAUCAAAGGUGUCCGGGUGCACCUGCAACUGGAGGAGGAGGACCCUCAGGAGCUGAUGCAACACCACCAGAUGCAGCAUGUUAAGAGACUGCUGAGGAAAAUACCUGAACACAGCCAGUCCACGACUUGGUUCCAGAGACGACUAUACGAAUGGGACCCCUACUUUAAGUUCCCUAGCAGGGUCAUCGGCACUGCUGUUGUAUCCCUUUUCACUUUAUAUACGUUUGCACUUGCAUACUAUCGUAUCGCUAUUUAUUGGCUUGAAAAAGGAGAAGCAAUGGCGCUACCUAAUGGUCGUACAGAUCCAAGGGACCCAUCUGUACAAUUAUUCAGUGUUCUGAGACACUCUUGGCUAAUUUCUUCACUGUUGGCAAGUUUGAACUUUAUUGUCUACACCUUCCAUGUGCUGGUAUGUUACAGGAAACACUUGAAAAGAUUGUGGAGAGGACAGAAGGGCUUUCUUCCUGAGAAGUUUCACAAGCCAAACUCCGCUGUCAGUGUGGCUUCCAUUGCGAGAUACUCUGGAUGCCAAAUAGCCUUUACACUCUGGGGUUUCCUGAUUGUACAGGUUGUUCUAAGCGUGUUAUGCCUCAUUUUUGCAUAUUUUCUGGUUAUUCCAAUAAUGGAUGGCAAGUUUGGGAUGUGUUGGGAAACCUUUGGACCAUUAAUUCUGACUUUUCUUGUAGUCUAUGGCCUGGUGAAGCUCCAAGAAGUUCUGGUCAAAAUUUUUUUCCUUCAGGAUAAAAUGUCUCCUUCUGACAAACAAAAACCUCUUGCCCUCAACAACAGGAAGGCGUUCCACUGCUUCAGCUACUUCUUGUUCUUCUAUAAUGUGAUAAAUGGGAUCACUUACUGCUUCAUGAGACUUUUCUCCUCUCUUGUGGUCGGGACGUUCCUGUUGUCCCGACUGGACAGAACCAUCAUGCUGAGAGGAUAUGAAAACAUGGAUAGGGGCUACAAAACAUGGAUUGGGAUGAUCUUUGCAGACCACUAUCAUAACAACCCAGCCAUGGUGUGCUUUUGUCAGCUGCUGAUCUCCAACAUAAGGGAGAGACAAACUGGGUCGACUUACUCUGUACUGGACAACACGCCAUCUGAUUCCCCAGUGGACAGCCGGGCCAGGCAGCGCUGGGCCUUAUUUUACACCUUACUGAGGAACCCUCAUCUGAUCCCACUCAGAAAGCAGCACCUGUCUGCAUCUUCACACUUACCUUUAUCACCAUCUCCCCAGUCAGAUAUAGUGGUACGGGCUUGGAUCAUGGCCUCACAAGCAAAGUCACAGUUGUCACCACAGAUAUUUACAGCAGCUGACUGUUAAAGACUGUAAAUAGGAUGUCAUUCUGUCAUUUCCUCUGAUACAGUUUCAGUCAGAAAAUCAACCAGUUCCAAAAGUUGCUUCAGCUUCCACUCUUUCUGAAUACUUUAGGACUGACAUCUGACUGGUUGGAUACAGUUUGGAUGAUAUAUUGUGUCAUUAAUUCAGCAGUCAGGGAACACAUUCAUCUUUUAUUUAGUACAAAAAUUUGGAGAGCAGCAUAAUUGAUGGCAUUCUGCAAAAUAAGUUACAGAGCCAUAACAUUGUGAAGUGGUAAUAAUAUGGUUAUUUCAUUACAAUUGUACUUUUCACUGGGUCGGAUAUAUUAGGAAGCAGGUGAACAUUUAGGGCCGGAUCUAUCAAAGGUUUGCGCGUAUUAAAACGUGUGCAAACUCAUUCCACGUGCAAAAAAAAUGUACAAACUGAUUUACUAACAGUGCGCAAUAAGGGUUGCGUCUUUCAAAGGUGCAA